GGCAUUCUGACCGAAGGAAGCCUGCCUGCAGCUCAGGAACUGGAUCAUGGUGGCGUGUCGCCAGGUCCCGCUGCGCCGGGGCUGCCAGGGGUGAGUCCUGCGGGGUGGUGUGGGCACAGCACGGUGUGGGAGCAGCAAGGCAGCACAGUGUGCUUGUCAGCCGGAUCCCACAGCUCAGGCAUGCGGCUGCUGACUGUCCGCUGGGGUAAUUUAAACACAGCCUUCCUAGCAUGGUGUAGGACACUGAAGCUCAAUGCUCGGUGCUUCAGUGCUCAGUAGCUGUGCCACAACUGAAGUGUCGAUCUCUAUUGAUUGCUUCAGGAAUCAAAGAUUCAGUGCUUGUUUAUCUAAGGGCAGGACAUCACUCAGCUCACAUGCUGCCUGUAAAGCACGACAGUUUCUGGGUUGCUGGUUAACAGUCGCUGGCAGUGUUAGCUGCUUUGGAUUGGGCUCUCUAGCUUGUUCUCAGUGGAAAACUGUGCAAAAAAAAACCCCAAAAGGGCACAGAUGACUGAAAUUUACUGGAACCUUUUAUUUGGGAAGAAGCUGAUGUAUUUCAGAUGGGUCUUCAAAGUGCUCUGAUUGUACCCAGAAGGCAAACAGGAGCACGUCAUCGAGUUUCAAAGCUUUGGAAGAUGUUUGGGGAAAGGAAGUGUGAUACUUGGUGCAUUUUGAGUACUGAUGACAGGCUCAGGUUUCUUGUGACUUUAACCUGGCCAGGUUACUUUCUUUUUUUCUCCAUUGCAGCCCUGUUGAAGCACAAACUAACCUGGCCUCAGCCACCUGCACAGUGCUGACAGAGUUGAGAGGUGAGCAAGGCGGUCAGGAGCUGCUGGAGAGGGUUGCUUUGCAACCUCCUGCUGCUCCUGCGCUGCUCACUGAAGCCUUCCAGGCAUAGGCUUUCCUUUCUCAUGUGCAGUCCUGCCAAGACAGGGCAUUGGCAGGAGUGCUCCGUGGCCUGGGCUUUGCUACUUACCUGGUAUGCCAUAGAGUUCCUCUGUGUGAAUUGUGUGUGAUGGGGGAAUUCCUUAUUCCCUUCACUGGGUUGUCUAGGUUUGUAGAGAGCUCUGGGCCUGACCAGUGCUGUUUACAAGUUUUAUUGUGCAUUUCUUGUGGGAGCCCUUUGCCAUUUCCAGUGGCUCCCAGGAUCGUGAAGGAACUGGAGCCCUUCUAUCUAUUGGAUUUUUGUUCUUUAAGUGAGAAUAAGGGAAAAAUCACAACUAUGCAGCACUGUAGUUUUAGGGCCAGUGUUGAGGCUCACUGUGUAUAAGGGCCAGGUAUGAGAGCUCUGCUCGUGUCCAUUCCAGCCAAGCCAGCAGCGAUGUGCAAGCACUCAACCAGCACCAACCAGGGCCAGGCACUGCCAAACUUUGUCUGCAGCCUCAUGUGCAAGGGAAAUGGUGUGGAAGGUGGAUGCUUCCUAAAAUGGAAGUAUGGCUUUUGUGACAUGGAAACAGCAUUGAACGUUGGCCUCUGUUCUAACUCAAUUGUAGUGUUUUGGGGAAAAUGAGAUGCUUUGUUCCGCCAGAGCAGUCACUUGUGAUCCUGUUACAGCCACAUUUGAAAGUUACUGCUUUAGGUUUUAGUGUCAAGUAUUGCAAAGAGCCAGUCUGUCCCAAGGGCUCAUUAACCUUGUGGAAGAGAAGAACAUUUACUGCAAAAGUAUUUCCUUUUCUGAACUGUAUUUGCAGAAAGGAGUGGCAGUGUUCAAACAGCUGUGCUUCUGUCACACUGCUGGAUGUGCCCUCUCAGCUCCGCUGUAAAAUGAAGCACUGGUAAAAGCAGCAGCAAUUAAAAAUGUCACAUUUAUUUUUCUUGAUGACAGUGCUGUACAGCUCUGGUCUCACUUCAGCUCAGAAAAGUUUGUAGGGCUUUUAAAAGCAACGAAAAGACUCGUGCACAAUGAAAAGCCUUUCUGUUCCGCAGAAGCAAGGAACCACCAGCUGGAAGGGCCACGCUCUGUUGGUAGGACUGAGCUUCAUUUCACGUUUGAUCUUCUGGCACUGACGCACAUCUCAGCACACAUGGCUGGCCGUGUACAGGUGACCCCAGGGGUGCAGGAGGUGCCCACAGCUCUGUGCUCAGCUGCAACUCUGUGCAGCUGCCUUGCAAAUGAAGGCUGUCAGCGGGGAGCACGUGAGCCCGACCCUUUUCUACCAUCCAUUUGCCUCACGAUUUCUGAGCGUUCAGAGCAGAUGGAUUAGGAAUGUGAGGAGGCAUGUCCUCGAUGCAUCCUUCCAUAUCCAUUUAUAGACCUGUUGCACAUUACUGAGUCCAGUCCUUUCUGAACCUGUCAUUACUGCAUUUCUCCACAGUGUGCAGCAGCAGCAGGCACUGGUGUUCCCUGUUAGCGGGGUGAAGGAAUGCUUCCUAUUGCCUGCGUUAGAUCAGCCUCCUGCUAAGUUCACUGGGCACACUGUGACAGAAGGCUAGGGGAAUAACAGGCCCGAGUUUGGUUUAUUCCCAGGUUUCCUGACUUUGUAAAUCUUAAUCAGCACAGGAGAGUUUGUAUAACCUGCACACUUGGAGAUUUCACUACUUAUUCUGUAGAUGACCAUGUUGAGUGAAGCUUACUCAGCAGUGCUUCUUAGGGACCCCAUAUUUGAAAGUUCCUGCUUCAGGUUUUGGCGUCAAGUAUUGCAACCAGCCUGUCCAUCCCAAAGAAUCAUUAACCUUACGGAAGAGAAGAAUGCUUAAUACAAAAUGAUUUCCAUUCCUGAGCAAAGAGAUCACCUGAGGAGCACCCGAGGAGCUGCACCCUCUCCUUCCCAUGCUGCGACUGCCCUGUGAGAUGUGUCUGAGUGAUGUGUAGCUCACCUGUGCUCUCCAGGCCCGUGUCCUACAGGUCAGACUAGAUACUCGUUGUUGUCAUCAUCACAGUGCUCUUUAAAUGCUGUUGCUGAAUUUCACAAGCACUUAUGAAGGAGUGCUAUUUCUGCCAGAGACACUGAGCAAGAAGGCCAGUGACUGCGCUGUGCUUGUGGGGUGCAGAAAAGCUGGGUUCUGAGCUCAUGAGCCAUGCUUCAUGCAUGCUUUGUACCCAGCCCUCCCCUUUCAGGCUGCUGUGGACCACUGAGAAUCAGUUCACAGCUGGAAAACAAUGAGAACACCUCAUUAGUGCAGAACAAGGUAGACAGAGCCUGCCCAAACCAGACCUGCAAGGAGAGGUCUGAGUCCCCUGCUCUCAGCACCCACCUUCUGUGGGGUGGUGCUCCAUGUCCUGCUGAGCUGGGCUCCUGGAGCAACUUAGCUCACUUCAGCUUUUGUAAUAGUAUUUCCCCAGUGAUGUACCAAUCCCCUAAAGGAUGUGUAACCCUUCCUGUUCUGGCUGCGGUGUAGUAGAGGAACAGAAACUUGUCUUUUACUGUGAGUACAUGGGCUGUGAAAUAAGGAAAUGCACAUUAGUGCAGCCCAUUCCCUGUUUGUGGGGUAGCCCCACGCCUGCCUUCAGCAGCACACCGUGGCUCACCUGCCAGAGAGCAGCCCUGUGGGUGGUUUUGCCAGCCCUGCUGUGGGUGAAUAGCUUCAGAGACAGCUUCAGUGAACGGAGGGAGGAAGAAGGAAGAAGAGAGCAGACACAGGGCAUACGCCUGAGCUUUGUGGGCACAAAGUCCAGUGCUGCCACUGUGCCCACAGUGCCCUGCCCACAACAGGAGUGGCUGCAGGAUCAAGGCUGGGCAGAUUACAUGGUAUUUGUGGAGGAUGUGCCCUCUGCCAUCCCUACUUGUGCCGUGUGUCCCCUCGGAGCCUUGGCCUUGUUCUUAAGGAUGGCUGUAAGGAUCUUCUUCUGAGCACUGGGAACCGCUGGAGCAAACUUCCCAUGACUAACAAGUGCUGGUCUGGAUUAUGAGCUCAAACAAGAACGCUCGCUUCAAUCGUUUCUCCAGUGGCACACCAAGCAUCACUACUUCAGAAAACACUAACGGGACAAGAAUGGAAACAACUUUUGGGCCGGCAUACUCUGCUGUGACGACUAUCACAAAGGCUGAUGGAACCAAUACUUUUAAGCAGCAUCGUCGGACUCCAUCUUCCUCCAGUACACUCACCUACUCCCCACGAGAUGAGGACGAUGGCAUGCCUCCGAUCAGCACCCCACGCCGCUCUGACUCCGCUAUCUCCGUCCGUUCAUUGCACUCUGAGUCCAACAUGUCCUUGCGCUCGACGUUCUCGCUCCAUGAGGAAGAGGAGGAGCCAGAGCCACUGGUGUUUGCUGAACAGCCGUCCGUGAAGCUGUGCUGCCAACUGUGCUGUAGUGUGUUUAAAGAUCCAGUCAUCACAACCUGUGGGCACACGUUUUGUAGAAGAUGUGCCUUAACAUCUGAGAAGUGCCCUGUGGACAAUGCCAAGCUGACUGUGGUGGUGAACAACAUCGCAGUGGCCGAGCAGAUCGGGGAGCUCUUCAUUCACUGCAAGUAUGGCUGCCGGCCCGCAGCCAGCAGUAAGCCUGCUGCCUUUGAGGUGGACCCCCGCGGAUGCCCGUUUACAAUUAAACUGAGCGUCAGGAAAGAUCAUGAAAGCAGCUGUGAUUACAGGCCAGUUCGUUGCCCCAAUAACCCAAGCUGCCCACCUCUCCUGAAAAUGAACCUGGAGGCACAUCUGAAAGAGUGCGAACACAUCAAGUGUCCCCACUCCAAGUAUGGGUGUACAUUCAUAGGAAAUCAAGACACCUAUGAGACCCACUUGGAGAUGUGCAAGUUUGAGGGUCUGAAGGAGUUUUUGCAGCAGACAGAUGAUCGCUUCCAUGAGAUGCAGGUGGCAAUGGCCCAGAAGGACCAGGAAAUUGCCUUCCUGCGCUCCAUGCUGGGGAAGCUCUCAGAGAAGAUUGACCAGCUGGAGAAGAAUCUGGAACUCAAGUUUGAUGUGCUGGAUGAGAACCAGAGCAAGCUGAGCGAGGACCUGAUGGAGUUCCGCAGGGAUGCCUCCAUGCUGAACGACGAGCUCUCCCACAUUAAUGCUCGACUCAACAUGGGCAUCCUUGGAUCCUAUGAUCCUCAGCAGAUCUUCAAGUGCAAGGGGACCUUUGUGGGGCACCAGGGUCCCGUCUGGUGUCUGUGUGUUUACUCCAUAGGAGAUUUGCUCUUCAGUGGCUCUUCAGACAAAACCAUUAAGGUGUGGGAUACCUGUACCACAUACAAGUGCCAAAAGACCCUGGAAGGUCACGAUGGAAUUGUACUGGCUCUCUGUAUCCAGGGGAACAAGCUAUACAGUGGCUCUGCUGACUGCACCAUUAUUGUCUGGGAUAUCCAAAAUCUGCAGAAAGUGAACACGAUCCGAGCGCAUGACAAUCCUGUUUGCACUUUGGUCUCCUCGCACAACAUGCUGUUCAGCGGCUCCCUCAAAGCCAUCAAGGUAUGGGAUAUUGUGGGUACCGAGCUCAAACUGAAGAAAGAACUAACAGGUCUCAAUCACUGGGUGCGAGCACUGGUGGCUUCUCAGAACUAUCUGUACAGCGGAUCAUACCAAACCAUCAAGAUAUGGGACAUCCGAAACUUGGAGUGUGUGCACGUGCUGCAGACAUCGGGAGGCAGCGUCUACUCCAUUGCUGUUACAAACCACCACAUUGUGUGCGGCACCUACGAGAACCUCAUCCAUGUCUGGGACAUAGAGACCAAGGAACAAGUCCGCACGCUGACUGGUCAUGUGGGUACAGUUUAUGCCCUUGCUGUCAUCUCGACACCAGAUCAAACCAAAGUCUUCAGUGCAUCGUAUGACCGGUCUCUCAGGGUGUGGAGCAUGGACAACAUGAUCUGUACUCAGACGCUGCUGCGGCACCAGGGCAGUGUCACUGCCCUUGCAGUUUCCAGGGGCCGCCUCUUCUCUGGCGCUGUGGACAGCACUGUAAAGGUCUGGACGUGCUAGCGAGAGCCGCCCUAGUUCUGCACACUGAAAGACCAAAAACUCCUCCCUCUGUCGGCCUGCUGGGUGAUGCCACCACUCCGAAGAACUGCUGCAGCUCCUCUCCACACCGAGCACUGCCUGCUGCUGCCCGUCAGCCGCGGUUCUUCCCCUUUCAAGGACCCCGGUGGGCAGCUCUCAGGACAGGUCUGGCCCACGGAUGUUCCAGUUGUUCUCUCGGGUCUGCCACGUGGGAAUGCAGAAGAGCCACAUGGUGCCCUCAGCACAGUGUGCAGGUCCUAGUGGCCAGCCCUGGGACCCAGCGAUUCGGGUGGGCGCAGGUAGGGGCUGGGAGGUGGUCCCAUGUAAAUGGUAGAGCUGAGCAUUAGGCCGUGCCCUGGGUUAGGUCCCCAAGCCCUUUCCGUCUCUAGUAUUUAAUUUUACUGCCAAGAUGUCAGGCUGAUCCAUCUGGGAAGAGGUGUUUUCUUGAGUAGCCAGGUACGAUUUUUACGCCACAGCUAGUUCUCAAAUAACACAAGUCCAUUGUUCACCACCCUGUAAUAAUGGUUUCCACAUUAAAGAGAAAAAGCCUCUGUUGCAUUUUUACUCACAUUUUCUACUGUUUUUAAGAUUGUAAUAUAGAUUUGAUUAUUUCUUCAUUGACAAUAAAAGUGGAAAGAGUU